AGAAGGCAAAGUUAAUCUUGGCAGUGUGGCAUAAAGAUGCAAACACAUCCCAAAAUCUUGGUCCUCAUGAUCCAUUUCUAGCCAAAGAAACUCAAGCCAAUACCUACGCUAGUCACAUAUCUGUUCAAGUUAUCUCAAAGCUGUUUUA